AUGAGCAGGAGACUGGAUUGUUUGACCUUUCGCGUCCCCAACGCUCCAGCCUGUCAAUCCUUCUACGAGACGGUGCUGGGCAUGUCCAAAAAGAAUGGCUCGUCGUCGCCCAACAACGCCAAAGUCUUGCUGGGAUACAACCAUCCAAAGGGCAUGAAGCUUUCGUUCCACGAAUCUCCAAGCUGCACGGUCCGAAAAUCCACAUCACAAGAUGCCUACUGGAAGAUUGGAAUUACGGUCAAGAAUCUAGAUCAUGCUGUUGGAUUUCUACAGCUACAAGGAGUGCCCGUCUCCCAACCGGCGCAAUUCCUGGACAUUGGAUACUUGUGUCAUUUGCGUGAUCCAGCCGGAAUGGCCAUUGAAUUGUUGCAGCAAGGCUUUGAAGGAGACGAAGAACAACCCGUAAAUGAUGAUGAUGCAGAUGAGGAGCAACAUCCCAUUGGAUGCCAAGCUAUCUUGGCACACAUCACCGUGCGAUCGACCAACAAACAAAUGCAACAAUGGUGUCAAGAGACCAUGGGCAUGAGACUCAUGUCGGUGCAGCCGGUAAAGCCCUACAACUUUACACUGUACUUUUAUACUUGGUCACACGAAGUACUGCCGGAAUCGGACGACUUGGAGGCGGUCAAGAACCGUCCCUGGUUGUGGGCACGUCCCUACGGUCUCUUGGAGAUUCAGCAAAAAGAUUCUGAUCAGCAGCUUCGGGCCACCGGCGCCAAUGAAGCUGGUCCUACGGAAAUCACAAUAGUCGAAGAAGAUCCUUCCAGUGGCGACAAGGUCAUUGCGACGAUUGACUGCCUCCAAGAUUUGGGUCUAUAA